AUAAAAAAAAUUGAAAAUGAAAGCAUCAAAUAUAUAAUAUUACUUUGGUGUAAAGUUUGGUGUCAUUGUUGGAAAUGAUAAAAUUAUUUUGACACCAAAACACUAAAUUUGGUGUAAUUUCAACACCAAAUUUGAUGUCAUUAUUGAAGAUGCUCUAAACUUUAAACGUAUGACAAUAUUUUUUUUACUAAAUGUUAUUAGAUUUUGGUUUGUAUUAGACAUGAUUUAUUUUUUUUACUUCAUAUAUUCGAAAGGACAAUCUAUUGUUACAACAUCAUCCAAACCAAUUCAAGAAAGAAAAGGCGUAGACAAAUAACACAUGGUAAAUCGAAUUUACCAGUGAAUAAAACAAAAGGGUGAUCUGCAGCUAGUCAUCCGGUUUGGUGGUAAUAUGAUUCAUAGGUCAUUGAACGGCCACCACCGUUCGAAUUGCAUGCAUGAAAAAAAAAACAAAAGGGUGAUCAAAAGUAAACAUUCGAUCAUUGGACGUCUCCCACGUCAAGAAAGAUACUUGGGCCGGUCUAGAAUAGACCAUAAGAUAGCCCUGGAAAAAUUAAGCUCAUAAGACAGCCCAGAGCAAAAUAUUCAAGCUACAGUAUUCAAAAAGAUGCAUUUGUUUCUGCUUUUACUUGCCCUUUAAGGCAUUUGACCAAUGCUAAUUACUGGAAUUUUCAUAUUCUAAGUUUCCUAACACAUAUGUUACAGUUACACUUGUGCUUUCUUUUUACUGCUUUCUGAGUACUUAAAAGUUUUUGAUCUUCCAGAGAAGAAAGUUUUGAUUCAACGGAGUUUUCUUUCAUGACAAGGCUUCAUAUCUUAUCUUAUGGCUCUGUUUCUUCCUCAGAAUGAUUUUCUUAAACGGGGAAGAAUCAUUAUUUUUGGCCUGCAGUUCACAGCUUUUCACUGCUCUUUAAAUUUUCUUCAGAUAGUUAGAUGCCUUAAGUUUAAACCCUCUCUCUCUCUCUCUCUCUGACAACAAAAUGAGUUACGGAUUUAGUUAAUCAAACAUUCAAACUUAAGAAUGCUUUGUUGGCUUACACUUUCGACAUUGGUGGAGAGAAGAUACAGAAAGAUCUUGUUUUAUCUUUUUAUCUCAACCACAAUUAAAUACUUCAUCUUCUUUUCAAAAACCCUUAAGAAAUUGAAUUUCAAAUUGGAUACUUGAAUAAAUAAUUGAAUUUCUAAGAUGAUGUAAGCCAUAACCCCUGAAAAGAAAAGAUAAAUAUAAUUAAUAACUUGGUGACUAUAUAAAAAAAUAAGAGAUACUUGGAACCUACUCCAAAACUAUAAUCUAUAUGACUUGAUAAAGAUGACCAAGAAUGAAAGACAAGACCUAACUGAUGCAUGAUGUUAUUAUCCACUAAUUUAUUUGUGUUCGUCAUCUUUGUGAACAUUUCCCAAAUUGGGUAAACUCAUGACUUUACUAUUUAAGCAAAGACAAAAGCUCUCAAACUAAAAGCACAAAUUUAGAAAUAAUUUAGUUAACUAACACAAAAACAAAAAUGGAUUACAAGAAGGAAGAAAAUCUCCGUAGAGGUCCAUGGCUCGAAGAAGAAGAUGAACGGCUAGUGAAGUUCGUUACCCUUUUGGGAGAACGUCGUUGGGAUUCUUUAGCGAGAGUUUCCGGUUUGAAGAGGAGUGGUAAGAGUUGCAGGCUAAGGUGGAUGAACUAUCUGAAUCCGAGUCUGAAGCGUGGACCGAUGAGCCUAGAAGAAGAAACUAUCAUCUUUCAGCUCCAUGCUUUCUGGGGUAACAAGUGGUCAAAGAUUGCAAGGAGAUUACCCGGUAGGACUGAUAACGAGGUUAAGAACUAUUACAGAACUCAUUUUAGAAAGAAAUUGGAAGGUCAAAACUAUGAUAAGAUCAUUGACUGGAGCAGAAAUACAGGAGAAGACUUGUUGCGCAAGUAUAAGGAAACUGAGAUCACGUGGACAAGGACAACGACUCAAGAACAUGGAUUUGAUAAAACUGUGAAGGAGUCUAAGCAGAUGAACAUGGAGAGUGAUAAAGAAACUUGUGGUGGUAUUUUCGAAAGAGAGAGCUUUGGUGUUAUGAAAUCACCAUACGAAAACCGGAUAUCGGAUUGGAUAUCAGAAAUUUCUACAGACCAAAGUGACGCAAAUGUUCUAGAAGAACGUACCAGCAGUAGCAGUGAAAACAAUAUUAAUAUCAACGUUGGUUCUUGGUGGUUUCAAGAGACUAGGGACAUUGAAGAGUUUUCAUGCUCUCUAUGGUCAUAGUUAAUAUUACAGCUUGUUUCUUGAUCAUAUGAUGAAAACGUCUUCUAAAAGUUGAUGUUGAUAAAUAAAAUCUCUUUCUUGACUUAUCAUAUGAUCGAGUUUUUUUGUUUCUCUUGCUGUUUUCGCAAAAUAACAAACUUAUAAAGGUUAAUGCAUACCCAUAAUAACAAAAUAAAUAAAUGUUGCACAGUUGUGUAUGUCAGGUCUUGUCAUGUUAUAUGCAACAGCAAACACACGAGUUCAUGCUACGAAUAAAACACUAUUUAGUUUUUUCCAUCAACAUAAUUGGUUGAUGGGCUAUAUCUUUAAUAUGAAUUAAAUUUGUUGUUUGGUGUACUUUUGAGCCAAAUGAUUUGUCAAAAUGUUGAUAUUUAAUUUAUAUAGGGAAAGUAUGUAAUCUCUAAUAUAGAAAAUUAAAAUAUCCUAAAGUAAUAUACUUUUUUUGGUAGCCCUGAAGUAAUAUACUUAUACAGUAUGAAGAGUAGAUGCAUGUAUGGAAUGCCCUCUUGUAUAAAAUUAUGAAAAUACAAAAAGGAAGAAGAUAAUAUAUAAUCUAUGUUAGUUAUUUAAUUAAAGAGGAUAGGAAUACCAGAGCAUCAUGGUUACAUAUCUACACAAUAUGACAUACACAGGCACGUGGUGUUUAUGGAAAAUUAUAAAAUUAUUUAUACUUUUGAUU